UUGGCUUGCCAUCUGCACCGAAAGUCUGAAACGCACAGCGCCCCCAGUUUCAUUCCCCAAGCUGCCGCGGGAAGGUUCGCGCCGCAGAUACGCGCUGCCUCCCUGGCGCGUGGCAACGGGCUUCGGUUAAUUCCGUGCGUUCGGGCUGCGAAGAUUCCUGUGGGGAUCGAUUUGACGGCCGGGUUCGAGGUGCGGUGGUCAUAUAGCUAGGUAGCAAGAGGCGGCAGCGGUCAUGGGGCGGGCGCCGUGCUGCGACAAGGCGAGCGUGAAGAGGGGGCCGUGGGCGCCGGAGGAGGACGAGCUGCUGCGGAGCUACGUCCGGAGCCACGGCGCCGUCGGGAACUGGAUCGCGCUGCCGCACAAAGCAGGGCUGAACCGGUGCGGCAAGAGCUGCCGGCUGCGGUGGCUCAACUAUCUCCGGCCGGACAUCAAGCACGGCGGCUACACCGAGCAGGAGGACAUGGUCAUCUGCUCCCUCUACAACUCCAUCGGAAGCAGGUGGUCGAUCAUCGCGUCGAAGCUGCCCGGCAGGACGGACAACGACGUCAAGAACUACUGGAACACCAAGCUCAAGAAGAAGGCCAUGGGCAUGGGCAUCCACCAGCAGCAGCAACACUACCACCACCAAGGCGCCGUUGGCCGCCGCGGCGCGAGCGCGAGCGCGAUCGCCACGCCGCCGCCGCCCCCCGCUCCGCAGAGCCAAUGCGCCCCGUCCUCCAUGAUGCACCCCUCCCCGGCGUCCGCCUCGUCCGCGGUCACCACCGCAAGCGCCGGCGACGUCGCCUGCAGCUUCAUGUACUCCGAUGCGCCGGCGCCACCGGCACUCCCGCACUACCACAACGCCGAGUUCUCCCCGCCCGUGCAGCCAACGACGCAGGCGGCCGCGGCCAACGGCAGCUGGGCCAGCGGCAUGAUGGCCUUCGACGACAUGUUCCUGCCCGAACUCAUCGGAGGCGGCGGCGACCAGUUCCCGCUGCAGGGCGACCUCUUCGCCGGGUACCUGGGCCCGCUGCUGCAGGACAACUACAGGUUGCCGUCGUCGUCGUCGUCGGCCCAGCUGCAGCUGCAGGAGCUCUCGGCGUGCUACUUCCCCAACGCGCAGGCGGAGAUGUGGGCAGCCGCCGAUCACGCCAAGCCGCCGCCAGCCGGUCUGUGCCCCAGCCUCACAUGAUCAACAACGAAGCAGAUUUUUUUUUCCCCUUUCUUUCCUUCUCCCGGACCGAUCGAUAAGCAGAUUAAACAAACUGAUGUUCCAUUCCAUCCAAGAGUGUGCUCGAUCGUAGAAUUCAUGUCUCUUCUCUGUGGUAGUACAGUACAGUAGUAGUUCUUGGGUUUUCUUGUACGACGUACCGCCUUUCUGUUUCUUUUCUCCAUGAGAUGUAUUAUUACAUGUACAUUAUCUUAUAUCCGUUACGUACUGCUACUA